GCUGGACAGCCAGAAGUUCAGACAGAAAAUGUGGAGCUGGUGGCGCCUGGAACCCCCCAUUCUGGACCGGACUGUGGCUGCCAACCUGCGUCUGUGUGUCUUCGUGUGAUCACUUAGGGUCCUCCACGCACUUGGGCUCUACUCUGGCCGCUGAAGGCUGGCGCCCAUGCGGCUGUACACGCUCUCCAAGCGCCACUUCGUGCUCGUGUUUGUCGUCUUCUUUGUCUGCUUCGGCCUGACCGUCUUCGUCGGGAUCAGAGGGCCCAGAGUGAUCCAGACUUCUGCAGCUAAUUUUUCACUAAAUAAUAGCAAAAAGCUAAAACCAAUUCAAAUACUUUCAAAUCCACUGUCUACAUACAACCAGCAGCUGUGGCUGACAUGUGUUGUCGAGUUGGAUCAGUCAAAAGAAACAUCUCUUCAGACGAACUUCCUCAUGACUGUUAAGGUCGAUGGUGUAGCUCAGGAUGGAACCACCAUUCAUAACAAAGUUCACAAUCGGACAAGGACCCUCACGUGUGCAGAGAAAUGUGCAGAAAUCAUUGUGGUUCACCUUGGCUACUUGAAUUACACUCAGUAUACGGUGAUUGUGGGAUUCGAGCACCUGAGUCCACCCAUCAAGGAAAUGAACUUCACCUGGAAGACUUAUGACCCUGCAUUUUCCAAGUUGGAAAUUUGGUUCCGAUUCGUCUUUGUGGUGCUUACCUUCAUUGUCACUUGCCUGUUCGCCCACUCCCUGCGGAAGUUCUCCAUGAGAGACUGGGGGAUCGAGCAGAAGUGGAUGUCCAUCCUGCUGCCUCUGCUGCUGCUUUACAACGACCCCUUCUUCCCCCUCUCCUUCCUGGUGAACAGCUGGUUCCCGGGGAUGCUGGACGACCUCUUCCAGUCGGUGUUCCUGUGUGCGCUGCUGCUCUUCUGGCUGUGUGUGUACCACGGCAUCCGGGUCCAGGGAGAAAGGAAGUGCUUGACUUUCUAUUUGCCUAAAUUCUUCAUUGUUGGACUAUUGUGGUUGGCCUCUGUUACUCUUGGAAUAUGGCAGACAGUUAAUGAAUUACAUGAUCCAAUGUACCAGUAUCGAGUUGACACAGGAAAUUUUCAGGGAAUGAAGGUUUUCUUCAUGGUGGUGGCCGCCGUGUAUGUCUUGUACCUUUUGUUCCUGAUAGUGCGGGCCUGCUCCGAGCUGCGGCACAUGCCGUACGUAGAUCUCAGGUUAAAAUUCUUGACCGCACUGACUUUUGUAGUGCUUGUCAUUAGCAUCGUCAUCCUCUAUUUAAGGUUCGGAGCACAAGUAUUACAAGACAAUUUUGUAGCCGAACUGUCCACUCACUACCAGAAUUCAGCUGAAUUCUUAUCUUUCUAUGGCUUGUUGAACUUUUACCUCUACACUUUGGCCUUUGUGUACUCACCCUCGAAGAACGCCCUUUAUGAGUCCCAGCUGAAAGACAAUCCUGCGUUCUCCAUGCUGAAUGACUCAGAUGAUGAUGUCAUCUAUGGGAGUGACUACGAAGAAAUGCCCCUGCAGAACGGCCAGGCCAUCCGGGCCCAGUACAAGGAGGGGUCUGAGAGUGACUGAGCCCCCGGCCGCCCUGCUGUGACCGACCGCUUCCUGGCCUCCCCUCUACCUGCCUGUCUGCAGACUUGUCUUAUAAGCAGAGAUUUCGUGGUCCUUAUUUGUUUACGUUUGUUUGAAGGAAAACUGAAACUGAGGACAAAUUUAAAUAUUAGGCCAAAUUUAUUGUUAGACUGACUGCAUUUAUUUGGGAAGAGAGGCACUGACAAGUUUAAACAGCCAAAUCGUUUUUCAAAGAUUUCAGAUGAGAGAGAGCAUAUCCUCAGUGGCGAGGGAGAAAUUACUCCUGUUUUCAACAGAGAAAUUACGUACUUUAAAAAAUUUACUAAUUCCAAGUUCCUGGAAAGCCCUUAUGAAUAAGGGCCUCAGCAUGGUGGCAUUUCUCUUCCUCCUCCUUUUCUUCUCUGCCCCAUGGAAUCAGUUUUUGACCCUUACACUCAAAGGGAAGCCCAUUUCUGUGGCUGCCUCACAAAGGCAGUCCUUCCCCACUGAGUGGCCUGUGGUCUGGAUGACCCCGCAUCUCAAGCAAUGGGUAACUGCUGUGAAAUGCGUGCAGGAGUAAUGGCACUUUAGGAAAAGGGAGAUGGGUGGGCAGGUUGUAGCCUUUCCCCGCCAUCAGAGCAGAGCCAGUGUCUGGAGUUCUGAGGAGGGUUUGGUAAGGCUCAUAAGGAAAGGGUGAGGGUGAUUGACAAGUUGUCAGCUCCAGUGGGGAGUGUUGCUCCCACACAGUUUUCCAAGGCCUAUGUGUGUGCACAUAUGUGCAUGGGUUUACUGUGUGUGAGCAUUACAUACAUGAACAUGAAUGAUGUCCCUGUGGCUGGGGAGGAGGGUACCCGUUACUAUCCCAGUAAGCAGUAGUUUCUGCAGCUCUGUUAAAGGUGAUACCCCGUAGAGCUCUAUUUUUUUUUUUAAAUAAAAGCUAAACAAGUGAUUGAUGUAACAAUUUUUUCAUUAUUGCCAAGUUUUUCAGUUUCACAUUUGGAAACUAGAUGAAAGAAAGUAACACGUUGUAGAUGGCUUACGGAGGAACAUCUCUGGCAGAAGGUAACUUGCUGGGAAUCAUUCCCGCCCGUGGUGGUCGAGUGACCAGAUGAAUUGCUCUGUAGAAGUCUCCUGGAGCCGCUGAAUCUGCAGCAUUGUAGAAAGCCCUGGAGAUUUCCACUUCCUUUCUUUUCAUUGACUAAGUAUAGGAGUCUGGUAUAGAUACCUCCUUUGCUUUUCCUUGGACGGGCACAAUAGUACCCCUCUUGAACUGUUUACAUGUGAUGGUUGCAGACAUCCUGAUCAAUGCCAUCUUGGCAGAAACAAAGGUAUGGGAUGUGAUUAUUCCCCUCUGCAAACGGCACCUGCAUUUUCUCCAUCUAUGCAUUAACUCUCAAGUCACCACUCAUACCUAAAGGUUCUGUUCCACUGUUGGUAGUGCUGGGAACUCCUGGAGGUUCAUGAGAGACUACUCAUUAUGACUUCGUAUCUUUCUUUUUAAUUAAAAUUUUAAUGCUAAUGUACCUUUAAUAUGAAUUCCAUUUAUAUUUGUUUUUAAAACCUUGUAAAUAAGAAUGUUUGAAUUAAAACAACUGUAUUAUUGCAAGGGUAAUUCAAGUUUACAUGGUUUUUACAUUUGCAAUGAUGUGAUUACGUUUUUUGAUUCUGUGCAUCCAGAGGUAUUGAAAAAAUUUUCCAUUACCAAAUUUUACAGCUUAUAUUAACUAUAAAUAACUAUGUAAAUUGAUGAAGACUUACUUGUGCUGAUUAAUGUAUUCUAGUAUAAUAUAGUUUACAAGUUUUAAUCAUUAUAAAAUAAUUGUCCAUAAUUUGGAAUGCUGUUACCAGUAAAUGUAAAUAUCUGAGGCAUUUAGCUGUACUCACUAGGCAUUUUUAAAGCUUGUCCUUGUCCUGUAGUGUAAUUAUUAACUGAUGACUGAUAUCUUCACACAUUAAUUCUUAAUGGUAUCAAGUCAGUGAAAUGAAAAAUACAGGUGUAUUUAUUUACUUUUUGUAACUAAGUUGGAAACAAUGAAAAAUUCACAAAAGAAAGUAAGGGGGGAAUGUUUUUUUAUUAAGUCAUGCAUUUUCAGUUUCUCUUCUCUGGUGUAUCAUAUGUAUCAACAGAUUACACCUUCCAUGUAAAAAUUUGCUUAAAGUAUAUAGCAUUUAGCAUGUAUUAUAUGUGCCAUAGAUAUUAGGUUAGAACACUAAAGUCUGCCAGAAACUUCAGAUAGUAGCAAGAAUUUUUUUUUUUGUCUUGGAGGGUAUCAAAGUUUUGCAAAGUUAAGUUAUAAAUUCAAAGGGCUGACUUUAGUUCUUCCAUGGUAAUGGCUUGAAUAACAUCAUCUUUGGGAUAAUUUUUAUGCUGGUCCAGUCUAGGGGAACCUGGAAGAUGACCAGAGGCAUUUCAGUUUCCCUAGGGAGAGCUUCAUUAUCCAUGUGGAUAAAGGUCCUCUUGAUUUAUUAUUAAAUCUUUAAAGCAGUGAAAUGAUGGCAGUUUUCUCUUUUAAACCCCAUUUGAAAGGCUAAAGAAGGGGGUAUAAAAAAACAUAUUCAAGGUUUGUAAGACUGCUCCUGUACAUAAUUACAGAUUGCAAUAAAAGUUUCAAUAUAUUAUGUAAACCCAACCUGCUACACGAGCAGGUUACAGGAUGAAUGUCACCAGCCUCAGGUAGUCCAUGGACUGUUUACUGAAGGUGCAGUUAUGUUCAACAGGUUAAAAUGUGGUCACUUCUUUCCUGGAAUCCUUCUCACAGGGGAAAACACAGACGUUCAUAGAAGGGAUGAUUAAGAGGGACGUUCAGUGAAGACAACUUAAAACACUAAAGUAUGUUUAUGUAUUUUGAGGGUUUUAGAAACCAGUUGCCUUAGAGGCUAGACUUUUGAAAAACAAAGGUACAACUCUUUUCUGCAGGCCAAGGGGAAGUUGCUGGAGUCUGUCACAUCUUAUUACCCUGUUUAUCUUGAUUUGACAUGUUUCAGAUAAACUGGUAACACAACCAUACUAUGAAAGAGGAUUUUCUGCUACUGAAAACUGCCUUUUUACAAAAAAAAACUGUAAAUAUUUGUAAAGUAACUCUGAACUUUAAGCUCAAAAGGAAAGAUACGCUAUGUAUGAAAUCUUGGAACUGUGUCAGUGAGCACAGUAACACUUGAUCACAGAAUGAUCAUUAUAAUCAAAGUAAAUAAAUGUUUAUUUAUGGCAAAUUUACACUUUGGGAAUGGCUUCAUUAGGAGACUAAUUUUCUGGUAGGUGUUAAUAAAAUGUUUAAUAUUUGA